AUGAGUGUUCACAUUGCUUUUAGGUGAUUUUAAUGCAGUGGCGGUCUUGAAGACUUAUUCAAUAAACAAAGAAACUUGACUGUGCCUCUUGAGUCUCAGCUGACUUUGAAACAGCUAGUUUUUCACCUUAAGGACAGAUAUCUUCAAACAAGGCCAGAAUUGUUUAUGUCCGGAGACUCUUUGUAAAAAUUAUGCAGGCGUCCAGGGAUUAUUGUUCUUGUAAAUGAUAUGGACUGGGAACUUUGUGGCAAGGAUGACUAUGUCGUUCAGGAUAGAGACGCUAUAAGCUUUAUCAGCACCCUUCAUGGAGGAUAA